AUGCCACCAGUUCCGCAAAGACUCGCUCCUCCAGCUACAGGAGAACAUCUCAUUACGUCUUGUCCGAGCGAGCAUGUUUUGCUGCUCACCCUCAACCGGCCAAAAUCGCUCAAUGCUAUGACCCCAGAGCUCCAAGAGGACAUAGAGCGUGUACUAGACUGGGCAGAGAAUGAACCAGAAGUAUGGGUCGUCAUUAUAACCGGCACCGGCAGAGCAUUUUGCGCAGGGCAGGAUCUAAAAGGAUGGCUCAAUCGCCCACGCACUGAGAAUAACCUCCAUGAGCACGGUUUCGCGGGUAUCUCUGCAAGGAGAACCCUUACCAAACCACUUAUUGCGGCUAUCAAUGGGAUUGCAUACGGGGGUGGUAUGGAGCUCACGGUCAACUGUGACCUAGUCGUUGCAAGCGAGGACGCGAAAUUCGCGCUCCCUGAAGUGUCCAGAGGUGUAGUCGCGGCGCAGGGCGGCAUUCCGCGGUUAGCCAGCAUUGCAGGGCAUCAGCGCGCAUCAGAGAUGCUCCUCCUUGGACGACCCAUCACAGCGCAGGAAGCAUACCAGCGGUUUAACUUUGUCAAUGCGGUGGUGCCAUCCACAAAGCUCAUGUCGACUGCGCUCGAGUGGGCAGCCAUGAUUAGCUCCAACUCGCCAGAUGCUGUACGCAGUACCAAGAAGGCACUUAUGCUCGCCAAAGAACAUGGGAUGUGGGAGGGCUCGAAACGCCAUAUCGAGUCGCCAGAGCACAAGCAGGCCAUGAACGGCGAGAAUAUCAAAAAAAGGAGUCCCUCAUGGAAGAGUCCUCCAGCAAAACUCUAG